UUACAAGAAGCCCCGUGUUCCGUUUCGCUGCCUCUCUGUCUGAAUUUUAUCCUUUCUCGUGUCCUUUCUUCCUCCUCUCUCUCUAGAAAAUUCUCAAUGAACAUACUGAACAGGUUCGGUUUAGGAUCAGGCGGGCAAACGAGUACGGAUCCGUCUCCGAUCGCUCAAGGACCCGACGACGACACUCCGGCGCCGGGAAACCACUUUGCCCAAUUCGCGGCCGGAUGCUUCUGGGGCGUGGAGCUGGCGUUUCAGAGGCUCCCGGGGGUGACUCAGACAGAGGUUGGAUACACACAAGGGAUCACCCACAAUCCUUCGUACGAGGACGUCUGUUCCGAAACCACGGGACACGCCGAGGUCGUCAGGGUUCAGUACGAUCCCAAAGACUGCACCUUUGAGUCUCUCCUUGACUUGUUCUGGUCCAGGCAUGAUCCCACCACCUUGAAUCGCCAGGGAAAUGAUGUGGGAACCCGAUACCGAUCUGGGAUCUACUUCUACACACCAGAGCAGGAGAAACUAGCGCGGGAGUCACUAGAACGUCACCAGCAGAAAAUGGAGAGGAAGAUCAUGACUGAGAUCUUGCCAGCUAAGAAAUUCUACAGAGCCGAGGAGCAGCAGCAGCAGUAUCUGUCCAAGGGUGGAAGGUACGGCAUGGGGCAGUCCUGUGCCAAAGGCUGCACCGACCCAAUCCGCUGCUACGGCUAAAAACCUGAGCUCCUCUGCUUCUGAGGAUGUUAUAAACUUUUGUGUAAAAGCUAUGUAACGCAUAAUUUACCGUUUGUUGAUGUUUCUCAAAUUGUUGGAUGAUAAGAGAAUCUUAUGGACGAAAUAAAAAUUCCAACGGAUAUAGCCAAUGUGCUAGUUGCAGGGCACUUGGUUUCUUAUUUGUCCA